UUGCAGGGCAUGUCAUGAACCUCAUGACCAGCUUCAGGACUUGUUGUUUUCUCUGCUGACACCAUGGCUUUGGUGAGAAAGCGCUUCAUCGAAGGGGACUUCCAUGAUGAGCUCAAACCUUUGGUGGAAUGCCAGCACCCAGGGUUUCGUGCCAACGACACAGAUCUUUGGCGUUUGAACAUGGCCGAUGUUUGUAUGAAGAGCUCCGCUCUGGACGCUGCAGACAGUGAGAUCAGCAAGCUGGAAAAGAGAAAGAAUGAUGCCCAGUUCCAAGCUGACCAGCUAGCUCUGGCUAGAGACACAGCUCAGCGUGCCAACCUGUUUCAGAAGAGUCAGCAAUCAGAACGCUCAGCUUCUUUGGCCACACUUCAACCUGAGCUAGAUGAGGCAUGGGUCACACAGUAGGUGAUACAUACAUGUUACAUCAUGUUACUAAGUCAUGUCAAACCUUUAUUUUGAUGGACUUCCCUUUUCUACUUGUUGAUUGUUCAACGCAUCAUCACUGAAAUGUGGCAACAAUGGAAAAAGAUCAAGUUUGGAUUUGGACCAACAAAUGUUGACCCCUGAGUUCAUCAACCGCAUGAAGAAAGAUAAGUCCAGUGUGCUGGUUUGGUUGGACUUCAUGAA